AUGGUUUAUCGAAAUAAAAAUGAAAAACAUAAAAACAAUAAUGAGGACACUAACAAUAAUAUGGAUACAUAUACUGGCAACAGCAUGGGAGAAGAGAAUGGUAGUUUUCCUAUCCUCACUAAUAAUAGGCCAGGAUCACCGUUAUCUUCUUCGCCAGCUUCAGACACCUCUGCAUCUUCGACAAGAUCUUCAUCUAUAAGCGAUAAAAAAGAAAUCGCCUCGACGACAAUAAUAACGAAUAAUAAUACUAAAACCGCCGAUAAAAAUACACCAACAGGUUUAAAUACUUUUACUCCAGAUAAUAUUCAACUUGCAUUAAGUCAGGGCCAAAAUAAUUUAAUUCAUCUUGAUCCUGUCCCCAAUUUCAUAGAUAAAGCAGACAUUAAACCAUGGUUACAAAAAAUCUUUUAUCCUCAAGGUAUUGAAAUUGUUAUUGAAAGAUCUGAUAAUACAAAAGUAGUGUUCAAAUGUAAGGCAAAUAAAAAAGGUAGAACUUCUCUAAAAGAUUUAAAAUUGAAAUCUGAACAGAAUCAAAUUGCAAUCUUACCUCCUCCUCCUCCACCACCAAAGAAGAAAAAUAAAAGAUCUGUGUCAAGAUUUAAUAUUUGUCCAUUUAGAAUUAGAGCUACAUAUUCUUUGAAACGGAAAAAAUGGAAUAUUGUUGUCAUGAAUAAUACCCAUUCUCAUCCAUUGAAAUUUAAUCCAGAAUCUGAUGAAUAUAAGAAAUUUAAAUUGAAGUUAAGACAAGAUAAUGAUACUGAUGCAAUUAAAAAAUUCGAUGAAUUAGAAUAUAGAACAAGAGAAAAUUUACCAAUUCAAUCUUCCAUUAUUCCCUGUGAAUGUGGAUUAACUAAUGAAAUUCAAAGUUUUAAUAUUGUAUUACCUUUCACCAUAGUAAAUAACAACAAUAAUAAUACUAAUAGUAACAACUUGUCAAAGAAAUCCUCUAACUCAAAUCUUAAUAUUCAAAAACCAAGAACAAAAUUAAAUGAUAAGAGGACAAAGGAAAAUUUGUUGAAAAAAUCAACAGCAAGUAACUUUUUAUCUAAUACAAUGACAAGUUCGCCGUCGUCCAAUGUAAAUUCAAGGCCCACAUUAAUGACUCAUUCAUCUUCAUCAUCUUCCUCGAUAUCAUCUUCUCGAAAUAAUCAUAUUCAUACCCACAAUCAUCAUUAUCAACGACAUUCUCAUUACCAAUCACAUUCGAAUGAAAUUACCCUCCAUUCUCAUCCUCCUCAUUCAUACCAUAUCACGAAUAUGAUCAUUGACAGUGCUAAUGCGAAUUAUUCCAUUGAAGAAAACAAUACAGAUGAUAAUGAUGAUGAUAAUAAUAAUGAUAAUAUAAUGGCAGGAUUUAUAGAUAAUUCUAUUCAAAAUACCGCUAAUGAUAACAAUGGGUUUAUGAAUGGUUUCGUACCGUUUGAUUAUGAUUCAAUUACAAAUUUGAAUGAAAUUGACUUUACAAACAUCUUUAAUAAACAGCAUGACCAUAUGUCUAAUACUAAUACAGACUUUUCCAACGAACAAGAAUGUAACUUAUUUCAAAAUCAGACAAAUAAUAAUAAUCAACCCCAACAUUUGAAUUAUUUUGAUAAUGUACCACCCACAAAUAAUAAUACACAGAGGAACCUGAAUUUAAACAGUUAUGCUAAUAGUAAUAUUGGCCAUCAAUCGUCGAGUGCUCUUAACCCGGCAUUAUUUGAUCCUUUGUAUUUUGCAUUAAACCCUCAUAAUCCAGCAAUGGACACAUCAUUCCCAACAUUGAAUACGCAACCAACAAAUGUAAAAGAUUUACAAUCACCCUUGAAUGAAAUUAUUAAUUCUCCCAUUUUUGGUAAUACAUUCUCUGAAAAUAAAAACUCAGAAUUAUUAUUAGAUCUAAUGACACCUCAGUCCCAUCAUUAUCAAAACAAAUAUACCAAAAAUGAUGCUUCAUCUUCUUCGUCUCAAGCUCCUGUAAAUUAUGAGUUCAAUCAAAGAAAGACACAUAGUGAUAGUCUACAAUAUUCUUCAUCAUCGCCGCUUGCUUUUCCCAAUGGAGACAAACAACAAUCACAGCGACAAAAACGACAAGGGCCAGCAUUUACAACAAACGAUAUGGAACAUUUAUUACAAUAUCCUGAUAUUAAUAGUAAUACACAAUGCAAAAAUAAUCAAUUUAUCGAUCAAAAUCAGCACAUAGUAAUAAAUAAUAAUAAUAAUAAUUCAAUGACAGCAUUACAACGGGAUUUGAAUUUACUUAAAGGAAUUGAUGAAGAAUUGCAAUCAAUAAAUUUUCCUCCAUUAUUUACCACUACUACUGAUAAUAAUACUCAAGAAACGUCAAAUAGAAUUCAUUCAUCAUCAGUAGCUACUGAUAUUAAUACUAUAGAUCUUAAUAAUUCCAUCAACGUUGCUAACCAUAACAAUAAUAAUAAUAAUAAUAAUAAUAACGAUAAUAAUGUUGAACAUAAACGACGUUGGAAUUCAUUAUCAACUUUAACUACCAAUAAAAAUAGUAAUAAUGAUAAUCCUAUGAUUGAUUUGAAUGUAUUAAAUCAAACUACUCCAGAUAUCAUGAAUGACAAUCGUAGACAUUUUUCUAAUUCCCGUGCUAAAUCGCAUGGUACUCCUAAUAGUAAUAACAAUCAUUAA